AUGGAGUCCAUGUCUACAGAUCUAGUCGCCUACCACGCCAAGGCCAACCCAAAAGCCCUCGCCGCUCUUGACAUAGCAACGGCACGCUGUUGGUCCUACAGUCAACUCCACGAUGAUAUCAACAAGGCUUCUGCAGCCCUCACUGCGUAUGGAGUUCAGCAGGGCGACCGUGUUGCGGUGUUGGCGGCCAACAGCAUCUUCGUCGUCAUCCUGCAGCAAGCACUGAUGCGGCAGGGCGCAAUCAUGGUCCCCCUGAACUGGAGACUUUCGGCCUCCGAGAUCGGUUCCCUGGCUGAGGACUGUUCGCCGAGGCUUCUCUUAUGGGAUGCCACUCUGGGUCUUGCCUGGAAAGAUUUCGAGCCCCAUUUUCCAGCGACUUGCCAACGUCUGGAUUUGCAAGAUUUCGUCACGGCACUCGACCAGUCGACUUUGUAUCCCUCCCCACCACAACAGCACAAGGCACACGCCAGCACCAGACUGCCAAACAGAACGGCCGCCAUAGUCUACACCUCUGGCACGUCAGGAAGACCCAAAGGCGUCAACAUCACACCGCACAACAUGCUCGCCACGGCCAUCAACUUCACCGUCCUGGGCGAGGUUGAACCCACGUCGGUGCUGUUGUGCGACGUGCCCCUGUUCCACCUGAUCGGGCUCGCCGUGUGCGUCUGGAGCAUGCUCCUCCGCGGCGGCACCAUCGUCAUGUCGCCGCGCUUUGAUCCUGCUUCCACCAACGACCGCCUCUCGACCAUCAUGGACGGGGUCGGAGGGAGGAUGGUGACGCACUACUUUUGCGUGCCACAGAUGGCCGACUCCCUGACCAGGGCGGCCAACUUCCGGCCGGAGAAGUGGCUGGGGCUCAAGGCGCUCUUUACGGGUGGUGCUCCCAACCCGCCUGCGAGGAUCCACUGGUGGCUUGAUAGAGGGGUAAAGAUGGUGAAUGGGUACGGGGCGACGGAGGCGGGGCAUUUUUUCGGGAUGCCGCUUGAUGAGGACAUUAUUAAGCGAAAGGCAGGCUCUGUAGGGCUUGCGGGGCCGAUGACGGACGUGGAGAUCGUAGACCCGGAGACAGGAGUGCCUGUUCUCCCAGGCGAGCCUGGGGAGAUUGUUGCGUCUGGUAUGAGUGUCACUUUUGGGUACUGGGGUCAUGUGGAUCGAGAAGGAGGUCUCGAGGUUGUGAAGCAUGGGUCGGGCCGAGGGGCAGAAGUCCACUGGUACCGUACAGGUGAUAUCGGUCAACAAGAUGAGGACGGUUUCGUGUACAUCAUCGGCCGUCGCAAGGACAUCUUCAUCACUGGGGGUGAGAGCGUCGCGCCCAGUGAGGUGGAGACGGUAUUGAUGCAGCAUCCACAGGUGGCAGAGGCUGCCGUUGUUGGUGUUCCAGAUCCAACAUGGGGAGAGGUGGGAUACGCAUGGAUUGUGCUGGAGCAAGGUGUCGAAGAGCAAUCUCGUGUGUCACCAGAAGAGCUCAUAUCACAUUGCGAAGGGGUGAUAGGGAGGUAUAAGAUCCCGAAGCAUUUUAGAUAUACUGAAAGUCUACCACGGACAGGGUCUGGAAAGAUUAUGAAGCAUGUGUUGAAGAAGAAACUCGAAUCAGAGGGGUUUGGGAGGCAAACGAGGGAGAAAGAGAACAAUUAG